ACGUUGUCGAAUUUUGCCAAAAUUUUGCUAUUGAUUGGCUGGCGAUAAGAAGUAAAUAAUCACUAAAAGACGGAAAAUGGAUAACAAACCGUCCCUGAGUAAGUAUUUCGGGGACACAGAAGUACCGCCCGCUUCACAGUUCUUCGAUGAAAUCGGCACGUCCCCGUCAGAAAUGAUACAAAGUGUAUAUCUAGGUGAUGGCGAAGAUGUCAAAACAACAGCCAGUACACUUUUCCCGCAAAAUUUGACUGCAUCGUUCAGCCAACAUUCGACAUCACAAGAACUGCAGUUUACCAAUGUUGUACCGACUGUGAGCAGUAUUACAGCCGUGCCUGCAGCAAGUCUGCCUGAUCCAUCUACAUUCUUCGACACUAUAGGCCCUGAACCACAAAUUGGACAUGUAAAAAGUAGUAAUAUGAACACAUCAAUGAUUACAGAUGCUUUGGACGGUCUAAGUAUAAAGAACCAACCAGUGGAUAAGGAAGCAGACAGGAGACGAGAUGCAUGGAUCCCCAAUGAAGAGGCGAAGAAAACUCUUAUGAAGGCCCAGUCAUCUCCCAAAGGCUCGUUCUUCCCUGAACGGGAGGUGCUGACGAUGCCAGGAUUGGUCCUCGAAGAGGAGCUGCCCGACGCCCUCCAAGAGAUAGCGGUGAAGUACCUGGGCGUGAGCUCGGCGGGGUCGCGGGGCGUGGUGCGGGCGGAGCACGUGAGCCGGGACGAGGCGGGGCUGCGCGAGUUGUUGCGCACGGGGUACCUCCGGGCCGCGGUCAACCUCACCGGGGUGCUGCUCGGCGCCGCCGCACAGGGUGUGGGCCGCAUAAACCGCCCAUCGAAACAUAGCCCUCGCACGUUCCAGCUGUGGCUGACUCGCUUCGCAGUCAUGCUCAGGAUCAGACUGCACGAGCCGCUUCUGAAGGAGGCCGAGCCGUUCGGGGACUUCGGCAAGCCGGACACCUUCUAUCAGUUCUACCCGGACACAUAUGAGAACCGCGUGGGCAGUAUGGUCCCGUUUUCACUUCGCCUGCUCGUCGCCGAGUUGCCCGCGCACGUGGGCAGGCCCGAACAUGCCCGAGAGAGACUCUACGCCAUGUUGGAUGUCAUACAGACGAUGCUAUCGAACCUUCGAGAAGGGAAGACGGAAGACGGCACCGGUAUCAUUACAUCAGAACAAGACAAGACAGAAUCUAUCCGCCUGUGGACGGGCAGGGAGACCAGGGUGCAACACUCUAUAGUCAAUUGCGCAAUUGCUUUAAAGGACUACCGUCAAGCGGCCGAGAUACUGACAUCGCUGGAGCGGCGCGCCGCGUGCGCCGGCCGCAAGCGGGCGCUGUGCAGCGCGCUGUGCCGCGUGUGGCUGCUGGCCGGGCACGUGCGCCGCGCGCAGGCCUCCGCUGGCGCGGCUUGCGAGCACAGGCAGCACUUGUGCCCCACGCCGGACGUGCGCGAGCUGGUGGACGCGGCGCUGCUGGAGCUGGCCCGCGGGCGGCUGCCGGAGGCCUACGCGCACUUCCUGCGGGCUGCCGACCAGGAGCCCACCAAUAUCAUGGUGGCCAACAACCUAUCAGUAUGUCUUCUCUACAUGGGCCGUUUGAAGGAAGCAAUUGCAGUGUUACAAAAGGCAAUCCACUCAGACCCUGAGAGAGGUCUGAAUGAGAGUCUACUCAUAAACCUUUGUACGCUUUACGAGCUGGAGUCUUCGAAAACAAAUGAGAAAAAACUGAAUUUACUGUCGAUGCUUUGUAAACACAAGAGCGAUACGAUACCGAAUGUUCUGGAAUGUUUGAAGCUUAGUUAAAUGUCAACGUAUAAUCACGUCUGUAUCUCUUGAAGGGUAGGUCUUAAGAAGAUUGAAAGGUCACGUUCUGCUGUUUGGCUUAAGACGGAAUUGGGAUUCUAAUAGUGACGGGUUGCUAGUCGCCUUGAAGAAGAAUCCCAAGUUUAUUUACCUUUCCCUUAGUCGCCUUUUACGUCAUAUCAUAUCGACAUCCAUGGGAUAGAUAUGGAGUGGUGGUUUUCUAAAGUGCUAGGAACCACAUAGGCAUAAUUAAAUACCAGUGUGAAUUAAUUUAUUAAGAAAAGCUUUGUCAAAAGUACUGAACUCCGGAGCAGAGAAGAACAAUACUUAGCGAACUUAGACCCCGCGAAUAUUCAAAAAUGUGAAUAUCUAAAACUACUCAACCGAUU